CAGUCCUCUCCGUUAGUGAGACACGACAUCGUCUUUCCACAGAUGGGCCACUAGAAGCUACUAGAAGUCUUCUACCUUCCUGCAGCCAUCCGGACCUUCCAGCCGCACCAGGAGCCAACAACUGCUUCCCAACCCCAAAGGUCACCAUUUUCUAUCUGUGAGCGGUUUUCCACCUGAAGUCGGAGAAAAUGGCAGCAAUUCCAUCGAGUGGCUCCCUCAUCGCCACGCAUGAUUACUACAGAAGGCGCAUCGGGUCUACCUCUAGCAACAGCUCAUGUAGCAGCGCUGAAUACUCCGGAGAGGCCCUCCCUCAUCACCCAGGACUACCAAGACAAGAUUCCGGUCACUGGUGGACCUCCUUUUUCUUGGCAAAACCCGGAGCUGAAAACCAUAAAAAUGGGAGCUACACAGUGGCCAACGGUCAGGUUACCUGCAUUGCCAGGGAAAUGCUUCUGAAACGGCAACUCAGCGAAAACAGUGACAUUGGAAAUUUUGAACCGUCAAAACCACCGCCAGCCUCCUCCUAAAGGCGCCUCAACCUCUUCCUCCACCUCCUCACCACCAACUUGCCGUCAGAGUCCAGAUGGAGAUGAUGGUGGUGAUGAAACAUUGCUUCUUCAGUAAAUAGUUAGCUUUUUUUUGACUGUAUGGAUUCUUUAUAUGACGACCAAAAACAAUGUUUUUCAUCCUUUUUUUCUCUUUGUGAUUUUGCAUUGUUGGUGAAAUAAUAAAAUGAUUGAGGCAC